GAUCGCGGAAUUGAAGUGAGACGGAAUGUUAGUUCGGACGAUAUGACAUCUGUUUUUUUACUAACUCGGACAGGCCCCUGAGCCCCUGAGCCACAGGGCAGCGGAAAUGGUCUUAGCUCUAGCACUAACAAAUUUUUGGGCAAGCUCACCAGCCGCCCAGCUCCACAGAACAUUCUCGUCUGGGUCGAUGGAGGUGCGAAUGCCCUCUCUUUUCGCUUCUCACCGGAUCUUUUUGCCUAUAAACCCCUUACGUCGCAGAAAUUUCUGCGAGAACAAAGACUUCCACUUUCGCCAAUUCUUCCAACACAAGUUGGGCCAAAGGCGCGUUCUUCAGCCUUGCUCCAGCUGUUUGAGCCACGUCUUUUGCGUCCAGAAACAAAAAGCGGCUGGACGUUGUUUUACGGCUUGCACUUCCAACCGGGCCCUGUGCGCGUUCUUUUGUUUCAACACGAAGCACGGUGUUCUAGACACGCUUGUAUAGCUUUAUGCUAUCAGACCGUAGGUAUAUCAUUCUCGUAUGUUCAACCGGAUUUGUUUGGGCCUUUCAACGCUUUUAUCCCAUGCGGUCUGGCUUUCAUUCCAUCCGAAGAGCGAUUUAAGCUCCGAAGAUUCU